CGAAAUUAGUGUCAUUGCCAUUUAGCUUGGAUAGAACAAAACUCUAGCGUGUCGCACAAGCAUUAGACAUUUGCAGCAAUUAACUUGUGGUAGCAGCAUCUGAGUUUAGCAUUAGCUUUAAGAUGAAACUGUUUGUGUGGACGUUUCUCUUGUGUCUGCUUGGCCAGAGCGUAAAUGGACUAUACUUUGAAGAGCUGACUCAAUUCUUUGGAGGCGGAGACAGCACAAAGCUUGUCAAUUCAACUACAACCAGGAAGCCAGCAGUUAGCAAUGAAUUGGAAGUAUCGCUGGAACAGGCAACAGACUCAUUGGAUGAGUUGUGGCAACAAUUCCGAAAGGGGCUGAAUAAUCUCAUGAGCAUCGAUGAUGAUGUGAAGACGACAACGACAACAACGUCUAAGCCAACGGUUGCCUCAACUAGUAAUUUGCUGCAAUUGAAGCCGGUUGCAAAGCAGACAACCACAACAAAACCCGUGUCAUCAUAAACAUCAUCAUCAACCGUAAAGCCCUCGAGCACAUCGCUGCCAUAAACUGGGAAGAUCAACUUACCUUAUAACGUAGUACCUCAAAUUCCGACACAUGUGUUUAUACUUGAGUAAAUUAUUUGGCUGCAACCAACAAAAAUGCGACUUAACAUCGCGCUUAAAUAUUUACCCAACUGUUCUCAUUCUCUCUGGGAAUAUUCACCAUGAAAUUCUAAAACAGUUUAUUGCCAUUCACUCAAAAGGCAUCAUGAGCUCUUGCUUUAACUUGGCAUUAAUUUUAACAACUCUCUGCGUUACCCAACUGCAGUCUGCACCUUUAGAUGUAUCUGUGGUAGGCAUCGAUCGCAUUGUGUUGCCCAAAGGUUUGCCUGGGUUUCGUUAUGCUUUGGUGGAUAGCGAGGAGCUGCAGCAGCUGCAAACUAAACUUGAUGAAGCAGAGGUGAAAGUUGUGCUGAUGGAGCUGCUGCAGUUUAACAUGAUGCGGAUUAUGUUGGUCUUGGAUAUCGUUAUUUUGAUUUGUAUUUACUUCUACGCAAAGGGAAGUCACGAGGAGAAUUGUUAUUGCGAAGUCAAGGCCAACACAUUUGUUAAAAUAUAAAUAAACAUUUGGAAUUAUUAACGCUGUGGAUUGGAGUAUUUUAAGUUUAAGUAAAUAAAAUAGUUUACGCUUAUGUUUUGAGCUGUUUUUCAGCUGUUCAAUGAAAUGUGAAAAUUUGUCAAAACCUAUUAUUAUUUAUAUACAAUUAUUACUAGACUAAGCAAUUUCAUUGUUUAAUAAAAAUUUA